AUGCCGCCUAGACAUCUGCACUUGGCCAUGGAGGCAGCUGAUGGGACGGCUAGAGGGAAUGCUUCUCUGUUGGAGGCUCUUCUUGAGGACGUAGAAGUCCUCAGCUGUAGUAGCGGCACUGUGUCACCCAAGGCACCCUCCCCUAGAGCCGCCUGGGAAGAUGAAGAGGACGAUGACGUUGUCGAACCACUAGUAUCAGCACUACGGGAGACGGUCCCACUGGAAGUUGAAGAACUGUCGGGUCUGUGGGCGGCUUGGGAGGAGGCUGCUCGGGACGGUGUUGAGGCGUGGAGGGCGAGGAGGGAUGCCUCGGCCCUGCACUGGGCUGAGGUCAAGCAUGCCCUUCGAGAGGCAUGGCAGAAUGAGCCUCUCCUCUCUCCUGAGGGCUCGGAUGGUGAGGAUCCUCUAGUGCGGCCCUCGAGUGGAGAUGCUGUGGACCUGGAGGCUACCAGCGACGUGGAAGGAGUAGUUGAAGGGCUGUCGGAUGGCAUCGGGCAGCCCUGCAACUAUCCGACGAACGGUACACCUGAGUGGGCUGAAUUUAGAGGUAGGAUAGAUGAGGUACUGAGGAUGGCCCUUGAGGAGAAGGAGGAGGAGGUGUUGGAGAAGAGAGAGGAGGCCCUCUUUGAGAGCGGUGCCAUGGCCUUUUCUAUUAUGGAGUCUGUAGGGCACUGCAUUUCAGAAUGCUCGCUACCUCCUAGCCCUCUGCCGGCCCUGUCCGAAUCCUAUCAGAAGGGAAAGGCGACUGACCUUGAUGAUACCACUCCUCGAGCAGAUCAGCAUAUGACCAUUGCUUGGAGUGACCAUGCGCCCCCACCUAAACGAGAGGAGGUCCUUACCUCGUCACUUGGAAAGGUAGCUGUCCGCAUCUACCUCCAACAGGUUCAGUCUGAUACCAAAGCCCGAUAUCGAGAGCUCUGUUGUAUGGUCCGAGAGGACGCCUUGGUGGCUGCCCAAGCCUCAGUCACCGAGCAUGAACGUGGAAGGGUGGCCAGUGAGGACGCCUGUGCCCAGAGACAACGCCAAUGGGAGCUCUACCAGAGGAGACUAGAGGCUCGUCAGAAAGAGCUAGCCUGGGAACGUAGGGCCAUGGGAUGGGCCGACCAGGCCUGUAGGGCAUGGGCCCAACGGCAACGCCAAGAGAGGUCUCUGAUGAGCUUAGCAGACGAUCACUCUGCUGCCCAGAGGAUGGAGGAGCGACGGGAGAUGGAGGGUCGGAGGAUGCUCCGGGCCAUGCACGACUCGAGGGCCUAUAGGAUCUACACCAAGGCCCUCUGGCGGAACCGCGAGGCUAUGGUGGUCGAGGAUUUGAUCAGUGGAGAGGCUAGGGAGUAG